CUUUUAAAAUUUAAAUCGAAAAAAAUACGGAAGAAGGUGCUAUUUGGUGAGAUUAACCCUUUUUAAAACUAAUGUCCAAUGGCGCCUUUGAUCUUCCUUUUCCACUCUAAUGCUUAAUUGUGCUAGCCAAUUUCAUAAGUUGACACCAAUUCUCUACCAGAAAAACUAACACAAAUAGCAGAUAUGAUUCCGAGAUUCACUGUUUUUAAGCGAUCCCUAUCAACUUCCCCUUAUCUCUCUCAGAGAAUUAAACAAACAGAGAGUGAUAUUGUCAAUAUGUUCCGGGUAUCCGGUACGAAGGGUGAAACGGAGAGCUUCCCCGUGAACCGGAAGUUUAUAAGGAAGGACACGUCAGUUAGGAAACUGGACGAGAGAUUCAUUAGAAUUCUAAAGAUCUUUAAAUGGGGACCUGACGCCGAAAAGGCCAUGGAGGUGUUAAAGCUGAAAGUAGAUCAUCGAUUAGUUCGCGAUGUUUUGAAGAUUGAUGUUGAGAUUAAUGUGAAGAUUCAGUUCUUUAAAUGGGCCGGUAAAAGGAGAAACUUUGAACAUGAUUCCACUACUUAUUUGGCUCUAAUACAUUGUCUGAAUGAAGCUGGACUGUAUGGUGAAAUGUGGAAGACAAUUCAAGAUAUGGUGAAGAGUAGUAUAUGUGAAAUCAGUCCUGCCGAUUUAUCUGAAAUUGUUAGAAUGUUGGGUCAGGCCAAGAUGGUUAACAAGGCGCUAUAUGUGUUUUACCAAAUAAAAGGUCGUAAAUGUAAACCGACAGCUAGUACUUAUAACUCUAUGAUCUUGAUGUUGAUGCAAGCAAAUCAUCAUGAAAGGGUCCAUGAGAUUUAUAAUGAGAUGUGUAAUGAGGGCAACUGUUUUCCGGAUACAAUAACAUAUAGCGCACUCAUUUCAGCUUUUGGAAAACUGGGUCGUCACGAUUUAGCAAUUAUGUUGUUUGAUGAAAUGAAGGAGAAUGGCCUUCAUCCCAACGCAAAAAUCUAUACAACCUUGUUAGGAAUAUACUUUAAGUUGAAUAAGGCUGAGAAGGCUUUGGAUGUGAUCCAGGAGAUGAAGGAUAAGGGUUGUAAUCUGACUGUCUUUACAUACACUGAAUGGAUCAAGGGGCUUGGAAAAGCCGGCAGAGAAGAUGACGCUUACCGGGUAUUCUUGGAUAUGAUAAAUGAUGGUUGCAAGCCUGAUGUCGUGCUCAUAAACAAUGUUGUCAAUAUUUUGGGUAAAGUGGGUCGUUUGAAAGAUGCCCUUCGGGUCUUUGACCAAAUGGAGGCUCUGCAAUGUGAACCAAAUGUGGUGACAUUUAACACUGUAAUAAAGGCUUUAUUUGACUGCAAAGCUCCAGCUUCCGAGGCUGCUUCUUGGUUUGAAAAGAUGAAAAGGAGAGGUAUUGCUCCUAGCUCGUUUACUUACUCAAUUCUUAUUGACGGUUUUUGCAAAACAAACAGAGUUGAGAAAGCUUUACUGCUUCUUGAAGAGAUGGACGAAAAGGGAUUUCCUCCUUGUCCGGCUGCCUAUUGCAGCUUGAUCAAUAGUCUUGGAAAAGCAAAACGAUAUGAAGCUGCUAAUGAGUUAUUUCUAGAGUUGAAAGAGAAUUGCGGACGUACUAGUGCCCGUGUAUAUGCUGUGAUGAUCAAACAUUUUGGUCAGUGCGGCCGUCUAAGUGAGGCUAUAGAACUUUUUAAUGAGAUUAAGAAACUUGGGAUCAAACCUGAUGUUUAUGCUUACAAUGCACUCAUGUCAGGUAUGGUAAGAGCCGGCAUGAUAGACGAAGCUCAUUCCUUGCUUAGAACAAUGGAAGAAACGGGUUGCACUCCAGACUUAAACUCACAUAACAUUAUCUUGAAUGGCUUGGCUAGGACAGGAGUCCCGGACCGAGCAAUUGAUAUGUUUAUGAAGAUGAAAAAUUCAAUGGUUAAGCCAGACGCCAUCUCUUACAAUACUGUUCUUAGCUGUUUGAGCCGCUCUGGUAUGUUUGAAGAAGCUGCAAAGCUGAUGAGAGAGAUGAAUUCAAAAGGAUUUGAAUACGAUCACAUUACGUACUCAUCAAUUCUUGAGGCAGUUGGCAAGGUCGAUGAAGAUUGUGCACCGGCUGUUUUUUCAGAGGACCUGGUUCAAUUGCAAGCUAUGACGCAAAUGAUCGCGGUGAUCAAUAACCCCAGCCUUUAAAAUACCAAUGCAGCAUCAAAUUUACGAUGGGCAAUUUUGAACUGACCGAAGUAAAGAACUCUUCACAUUCCAUUUUGUAUUGGCGUUUAUUGCUAUAUUCGAGUUCACUGGACAUGGUCGAAAUGAAUAUAAAUGGUAAGACUUUUAAUUCUACUUAUGAAUGGCGAGCUGAAAAACCUACAUUUCUGCAAGCUUCAUGGUUCACAUCUUACGGGUGUUAAUGGUUCUUGUCGGAAUCAUGCUGUGCUCGAUCUGUGUUGGCAAGAGAAUCUAGCCCUCGCGGCGAAAAUGACUGUUGAAUUGCAGUACGCAAUUGUAAGAUGCAAGUGCAGGCAGUGGAAAUUUUUGUAGCUAUUUCUAUUUUUAUUCUCCAAAUGUAAAUUGUUUUUGUACAGCAAGUAUAAAAUGCUUAGAAUUGUCAAUGCCACAUCCAGGGUGGAGGAAGUUUAAUAUAAAUAACUGUUUGGUUAGAAA